AUGGCUCGCGGGAAAGGCACGCCACGCCGUACACGCGAACUCGCCGACGACGACGACUUCUCGCCGACUUCGCCUUCCUCCCCUCGACGAGCAGCAACUCCUCCCGCAGCGUCGCCUUCGCGCCUGGCGAUGAGUGCUACGGCGCAUCCGACAGCGCCCGAGAAGCCAGGCAGGGGCCCGCUUCCUGCGAGCGCCGAGACGACCUACCACCAACGCUUGAGGGGACUGCUCGUCGAGCACAGGAAGGCAAGGAGAGCUUGGAGCGAGCUGGUGAUCCGUGGGUUGGUGGGAAGGACGAAGGCGGUGCUGGAGCUUUGGGUCGACGUCGAACUCGCACUCAAGGCUAUCUCGAAGCAGUCUUCCUCAUCGUCAACGACGGACGUCCGUGCAGGCUAUCUCUUUGCACAGUCGGCUAAGCUGUCGGAGCAGGUGGCGGCCGUCGAAGGUAUCUUUGCGAAUCUGACCGAGACGGUCAACGGCAUGCAGUCGAUCUGCGAGCGGGCCGAGUAUCUCGUCAUCGAGGCGGCCAAGACGCGCGGGACGCUGUUUGCUUUCCGCGAACCGCUGUGGGUGACAUGGCCGCUCGCUCGCUUCGCUGAUGGCAUCCAGGCUCUCACCACUCCUUACGUCCACUCGCUCGCCCUGGUCCGCCGGCUCCUCGACACACUCCUCACCUUUCCCGUCCUCCCUAGCGCCUCCACCUCCUCUCCUCUUCUCGACACUGCUCCGACUACCACUUCGAAGGCAGAGAAAGACGACCGACCUCGCCCGUCGAACGAGCAGAUCCAGGCGUCGCUCUCGCUUCUCGCCGUCCAGCCGCUCUUGCCGGGCAAGGCGAACGACUGGGGCAGCGAGGGCUGGGAGGAGGUCAUGGCCGUCGAGGUGGGAGGCUGGGAGCGAUGA